AUGCCCAUAGAUCUAAACACUCUUUCAGAUCCUCAUGGAGAGGUCCUACUUGAUCUCAAUGAACAGCCUCCGUAUGAGCAAGAAGAUGAAAUCAUGAGUCUCCAGCAAGAUCAACUUUAUGAAGAUGAAGCCCAUCUCCAAGAUCAACAUGGACACCUCUUACCUGAUCUCAAUGAAAACCCUGUGUAUGAGCAAGAAGAUGAAAUCGCUCGUCUCCAGGAAGAUCAACUUUAUGAAGAUGAAGCCCAUCUCCAAGGCAUGAUGGAAGACAUGCAUGACUAUGGUGUUUACGCUCAUGCUGUGGACAUAGUCUUCGAUGAAGAGGAGUUGGAGGGCUCGAUGUCGAAGAAGAUCACCAUGCAAAUGAAAACAAUGCACAUCAGUCUAGAAAUUUGA